AUGUCGGUCGACGACGCACGCGCGGAGCAACUCGCCUCCAAAGCCACCUCCGCCGCCUCCCUCACCGCCUCCAACUCGACCUCCAUCCAAUCCCUCUACUCCGCCUCGCUCCUCCACCGAUCCCAACAAGAACAGCAUCAGGACGAAACAUACCUCUCGCUGGCACCCACCUUCCUCUCGUUGCAUCAACAGGCGUCCUCCUCCAAACAGCUUCUCUCCUCGCUCGAGUCGUUCCUCUCCACCUUCCAAACGGAUCUUUCCGCUCUCUCGACGCACAUUUCUGCAUUGCAGAACACAUCGCAUCAGAUCGAUUCGAGAUUGGAUGCGACCAGGGAUGUCGAGGUGCAACUGGCACAGUUCCUGUCUGAGAUCGCGCUCAGCCCGAGGAUAGUCGAUCUCUUCUUCGAGAGCGAACCGGAGCAGAGGACCGAGUUGUGGCUGAAAGCGGUGAAACAGCUCGAGAGGGUGUUGGAGGCAACUUCUCCCUCGGCUGCGCUCUCAUUUACAUCAACGUCGACAGCGGGGGAUAUUCCGGCAGUGCAGGAAGUAAGGGCGGUGGCGGAAGCCUGCAAGAAUGUGGUGGCGUCCAAGCUGCGCACGUUUCUGGUAGCACCACAUGCGGCGAUCCGAGCAUCGGUCACGACAAACCUGCAAGUGCUGCAGACGAGCAUCCUGCUCAAACACCACAAGCCAUUCUAUGGGUUCCUGGCGAGGCAAGCACCGAGAGUGGCGAUCGACGUACAGCGGAGCUACAUCGUCGCUGCCAGACUGUACUUCGAAACCGCCUUUCGAAGGUACGCCCGUAGCCUGAGCACGAUACGCAAACGAUGGGUCGAAUCAUCUUCUGCAACACCGAUCAUCGAUUCCAUCCCGACGAAACCGGACUACGCUGCGACAGCCAUCACCGCCCUACAAUCGGGUAUGUCGGCGCUCUCCAAAGCAGCGACUCACUCCACAUCAACCCCCCACACCGCACCCUUCCCCACUCGCUCUGGCGUCAACACUCCACCUCCCUCCAAAGACGCCGAAACAGACACCACCAACCCUACCGAUCCAUGGCUUCACCCACCCACCCGUCUGCAGUACUCCCAACUCUAUAGCCACUCUUCCACCGUUCUCGGCUACCUCGCCGACGAGUCCGGGUUCAAGGCGUCUCCAGAAAACCUGUUUAGGAGUUUGUCGUUGGUGUUGAUGGAUAACGCGUGUUCGGAGUACUGCUUUCUGGUGAGGUUUUUCGAAGGGGCUGGUCAGCAGGAGGACGAGAUCCCCGUUGCGAAUGAAAAGGUCGGUGACGAUACGAUGGAUGAAAGUAUCAGUGUCAUCGAUACGGAGGCAGGUGGGGAGGAGGGUGUGGAAGCGACCGUGGUUCAGCUCAGUUCGGCGGAACAGCAACGCAUGCAGAGUCGUGGUGCUACCGAGGAGAUCUUCAAGCAGAUCUUUGAGCCUUCCAUCUCCACCUGGACGACCUUUUCGAAGUCGUUGCUUUCGGCUGCAUCGAGCGGUGGUGCGGGGUUGGCUGCUUCAGCUACGUCUGUCGUAUCCGGGAGCGUCGGGAGUGGUGUUGAGGGGGGUGGAAGUGUUAGCGGAUACUUUUCGUUGCUCAGUAUGAUUCGGUUGAACGAUUCCGUUCUAUCAGCUAUGGAAGGUAGAGGUAUACGCAGCGGGGUGGUGGAAUCUGCAUUGAUGGGGUUCAAGAUCACCUCCUACCCCAUCAUCAAGAAGUUCCUAGACGAUCAAAUCUCCUCUCUCUCCCUGCUCCUCUCUUCCCCUUCCUCCUCCUCCUCCUCCACUUCAAUGUGGUCAAUGAUCUCAUCCACCCUCACAUCCACCACCCCUCCACCUCUCACCCCCCACCUCAUCUCCACCAUCAUCAUCCGUUACACCUCCCUCCUCACCAAAACACUCUGGAUCCUCACCGACAACCCUGAUCAAGCCCUCCUCUCCUCCCUCCACCGUCUUCGUUCCCAACUCGAGAAAUCCAUCCUCACCUCCUCCUCCAAACCUACCGCAGACUGGUCGCUCAAACACAAACGUGAUGCAAUCCACCUGCUGAUCGACGCCAUCGAAUCAACUACCACUGCAGCAGGUACAGCCCUGGCGAGCAACGCCAAAGUGCAGAACGAAUUCGCCUUCUGGAACGAACGUCUUGCUUCACUUAGAUCGUAG